CUCAUUUCAUAUUUCCAGAACAUGCUGUUUGUGGAAGUUCCUCCAUAUCGUGACCUGUCAGUGCACCAUGCAGUCAAAGUGAACUUCUAUGUGAUCAAUGGGAAGAGAAAACGAAGCCAGCCUCAGCACUUCACCUUCAUGCCAUUGCCAGUUCCAGCCAUUAAAACAGAACCUAUUGACGAGUACGAACCCAACCUGAUGACAGCUAAAAUGUCCAGCAGUCUGGGAACACUGCCGCAGCCCUAUUACCACCCCCAGGGAAUGAUGACUCCAGACAGCUGCCUGAUAGCCAGCAUGGCUUCAUGUCAGCAGCUCCGCUCCGGGCUGUCUCCCCCAGAUUCCAGAUACCAGCAGCAGACUUCAGCAGUCAUCUAUCCCCGGAGUAAAAGCCUGAACACCAGCCCACUGCUAUACCAGCAGGGCAGCCUGAUGGCUUCCCCAGUCCCUCCCAUGGCAGAUGGCCAGCGCUCAGUGCUGGUCCAUGCCAGUUCUCCAGCACAGUCCACCAUAAUCCACCAGCAGCAGUCAACCUCGCCCAAUCACCACCCCACCUCCUCCAUCAUCCAGUUCUCCCCGACCAAUCACCAGCUGAGGGGAGGGGUCCUACAGGAGCACCAACACAUCAUGUAUUGUGAAAACUACCAGACAUCUCCCGCUUGCUCUCCAGCUCCGCCGGCCAGCCAGGCUCAGAGGAUGAGCCCCAGUCACUACCCAACGGUGAUUCAGCAGCAGCAGUAUGUUCAGAAGAUGCCAAAAAACAGGUCUUCUCCCAGCCAACUAGAAGAACAGAGGUCUUCUGACAAUCCAAAGGAUAGGUCUGGGUCUUCGAGGGUCACCGUCAAAGAGGAGAACUUGGACCAGUUGUAUCUGGAUGACGAUGAGAUCGCCAUCUGCAUUGUAUUCCACCACCUCUCCGCUAAGACCUUAAAGAUCAACCUGG